AUGACACACACCUUUUUCGUCUGCCCGGGGGUGCCGCAGCGCGUGGGGCCGGCGCUGUCCACGCACGAGUCUCCGCACCAGGCGGGCGGCUGGUGCCGGGACCCGCUGCAGUCGGGGGACCGGCUCUACGUGCUGCCCUGGGUGCCGUACCGCACCGACACGCUCACCGAGUACGCCUCCUGGGCCGACCUGGUGGGCGCCCGGCCCGCGGCCACGCACCGGCUCCCGCACCGCGCCGACGGCACCGGCUUCGUGGUGUACGACGGCGCCGUGUUCUACAACAAGGAGCGCACCCGCAGCAUCGUCAAGUACGACCUGCGCACCCGCAUCAAGAGCGGCGAGACCGUGGUGGGCGCCGCCAACUAUCACGACACGUCGCCCUAUCGCUGGGGCGGCAAGACCGACAUCGACCUGGCGGUGGACGAGGAGGGGCUCUGGGUCAUCUACGCCACCGAGGGCAACGGCGGGCGGCUGGUGGUGAGCCAGCUGAACCCCUACACGCUGCGCCUGGAGGGCACCUGGGAGACCGGCUACGCCAAGCGGGCGGCCUCGGACGCCUUCAUGGCCUGCGGGGUGCUCUACGUGGUGCGCAGCGUCUACCUGGACGACGACACGGAGCACCUGGGCAACGCGCUGGUCUACGCCUUCGACACGCGGCGCGGGCGCGGCUCGGCGCUGGCGCUGCCCUUCCCCAACCCGUACCAGUUCGUGGCCUCGGUGGGCUACAACCCCCGCGACAACCAGCUGUACGUGUGGAACAACCACUUCUUGCUGCGCUACGGCCUCGACUUCGCGCCCCUGGACGGCGACGGUCUGAUCAAGAGCGGGGAGAACGCGGCGUCCAUCGCGGGGGAGCUGGCGCGGCACACGCGGGGCCCGGUGUUCGCGGGGGACGUCAGCUCGGCCGUGCGGCUGCUGGAGCAGCUCCUGGACAUCCUGGACGCGCAGCUGCAGGCGCUGCGCCCGCUCGAGAGGGAGUCCGCGGGCAAAAACUACAACAAGAUGCACAAGCGGGAGCGAACCUGCAAGGAUUACAUCAAGGCCGUGGUGGAGGCCGUGGACAACCUGCUGCGUCCGGAGGCGCUGGAGUCGUGGCGGGACAUGAACGGCUCGGAGCAGGCGCACACGGCCACCAUGCUGCUGGACGUGCUCGAGGAGGGCGCCUUCCUGCUCGCCGACAACGUCAAGGAGCCCGCGCGCUUCCUGGCCGCCCGACAGAACCUGGUGCUGGAGGUGUCGGUGCUGAAAACCGAGGGGCCCCUCCAGGAGCUCGUGUUUCCCAUGUUUUUCUGGGUGGUGAAGGUUGUCUUCAUCCUGUACAACAACCUGGGGCUGUUCCUGCCCACCGAGAAUGCCACUGUGCGGCUCGGGGGGGACGGGGGGCCCCGCGCCCCCCAGCUCGUGGUCAACUCCCAGGUCAUCGCCGCCUCCAUCAACAAAGAGUCCAGCAGGGUCUUCCUGCGGGACCCCGUGGUCUUCACCCUGCCCCACCUGGAGACCAAGAACCACUUUGGGGCCAACUGCUCCUUCUGGAACUACUCGGAGCGCUCCAUGGCCGGGCACUGGUCGAGCCAGGGCUGCCGCCUGCUGCGCUCCAACGGCACCCACAGCUCGUGCGCCUGCAGCCACCUGACCAACUUCGCCCUGCUGAUGGCCCACAGCCAGAGCUUCCCGGGGCGGCUGAACGAGGUGCUGCUGUCGGUGAUCACCUGGGCAGGGAUCCUGGUGGCCCUGCUGUGCCUGGGCCUGUCCAUCUCGGCCUUCUGCUGCCUGCGGGGGCUGCCCUCGGAGCGCACCACCAUCCACAAGAACCUCUGCAUCAGCCUCUUCCUCGCCGAGCUGCUCUUCCUCGUGGGCAUCGACAAGACGCAGUACCAGGUGGCCUGUCCCAUCUUCGCCGUGCUGCUGCACUAUUUCUUCCUGGCGUCGUUCUCGUGGCUGUGCCUGGAGGGCGUUCACCUGUACCUGCUGCUGCUCGAGGUGUUCGACAGCGACCCCGCCCGCCGCAAGUACUACUACGCGGGGGGGUACUUCUUCCCCGCCGUCGUGGUGGCCGUGGCCGCCGCCGUGGACCACCGCAGCUACGGCACCGACCAGGCGUGCUGGCUGCGGGUGGACAAUUAUUUCAUCUGGAGCUUCAUCGGGCCUGUGGCCUUCGUCAUCCUCGUGACGCUGGUGUUCCUGCUGGUGACCCUGCACAAGAUGCUGCGCAGCUCGGCCGCCCUCAAACCCGACUCCAGCCGCCUGGACAGCAUCAGGUCGUGGGCGCUGGGGGCCAUCGCGCUGCUGCUGCUGCUGGGGCUCACCUGGGCCUUCGGGCUCCUCUUCGUCACCCGCGAGUCUGUGCUGACGGCGUCGCUGUUCACGGCCUGCAAUGCCCUGCAGGGCACCUUCAUCUUCCUCUUCCACUGCGCCCUCCAGAAGAAGGUGCACCGGGAGCUCAGCAAGUGCCUGCGGCACUCGGGGUGUUGCCUCAGGGGCCCCCCCGGCACCUCCCUGGGCGCCCUCAAACCCUCGGCCGCCCGCGCCCACCCCCGGUACUACAGCGGCACCCAGAGCCGGAUCCGGAGGAUGUGGAAUGACACGGUCCGGAAACAGACGGAGUCCAGUUUUAUGGGGGGGGACCUGAACAGCACCCCAACCUUGAACCGAGGGUCGCACCUCCUGCCCAACCCGGUGCUGCCGCCGCGGGGGGGGUCGAGCCCCUACAACACCCUCCUGGCCGAGGGGGGGGGCUUCACCCCCGCCUCCCCCCCCGCCUUCACCGCCCCAGGGAGCUUCCGUGACACCAGGAGCUUCCGUGACACCACACCCCCCCCCAACCGCCGGCACAGCCCCGAGACCUUCGGGGGGCCCGAGGGGGGCGCGGGGGGGGCCGAGCCCGACGGGCAGAUGCAGCUGGUGACCAGCCUGACCCCCGCCCUGCACGAGGAGGCAGCACCGAGCAACGAGCCGGCCUUGCACGAGGACAUGGCCGCCGCCAGAGGGGACAGCCAGUCCCAGGGCCCGGCCUUGCACGAGGAGCCACGGGGGCACCAGGCCGCGGUGGCACCAGGCCGCGGUGUCACGGUGUCCCACAAGGAGCUGCGGUGGCACCAGGCCGCGGUGUCACACGAAGAGCUGCGGUGUCACACGAGGAGCCGCGGCAGCACCAGGCCACGGUGGCACCAGGCCGCAGUGUCCCACGAGGAACUGCGGUGGCACCAGGCCAUGGUGUCACACCAGGAGCUGCGGUGGCACCAGGCCACGGUGUCACACCAGGAGCCGCCAUGGCACCAGGCCGCGGUGGCACCAGGCCGCGGUGUCGCACGAGGAGCCGCCAUGGCACCAGGCCGCAGUGUUGCACGAGGAGCCGCCAUGGCACCAGGCCACGGUGUCACACCAGGAGCCGCCAUGGCACCAGGCCGCGGUGGCACCAGGCCGCGGUGUCGCACGAAGACCUGGCUUUGCGGUGACUCCUACCCCUUCCACAAGAUGCUCUCGGGGAAGGUUGUGUCCAUCACCACCCCUGAACACUGCGGUGGCCUCACCUUGGGCAAUGCCACAAUCUCUGCCCUGGUGCCACUUUUGCCGUGUCCCCUCCUCCUGUCCUCGGAGCGCAGGCGUCGAAACAAGGGCAACUCCGACCUUGGUGAGGAGAGAAAAUGA